GCAAGCACCGCCUAGUCCUGCCCACAACAACUGCUUACAGCUCGGUUAUGAAAAGACGAGCUUUUGAUUCACAAUAACAGUAAAGACUCGCAGCUUCACUUGAAAAGCUACUGUAUCGCAUUCUGUCUCAUUGAUAUUUCCCGAAGUCACCGCGGUUUACAGCGCUGCUCGUGCACUUGAGCUUUUGUGCUUUUCACGGAAGAAUCCUAACUGACAGAUUUAAUGAUGACGACAUCAUGGAGUGAUCGACUUCAGGACUAUGCAGACCUCCCGGCAAACAUGGACGGCCUGGCGAUGAAGAAAUACAGGAGAGAGGCCUAUCAUAGAGUGUUUGUGAACAGAAGUCUGGCCAUGGAAAAGAUUAAAUGCUUUGGCUUUGACAUGGAUUACACUUUAGCAGUGUACAAAUCGCCUGAAUAUGAGUCUUUGGGCUUUGAUCUGACUGUGGAGCGACUGGUGUCCAUUGGCUACCCACAGGAACUUCUCGGGUUUGUUUAUGAUCCGACUUUCCCUACAAGAGGCCUGGUGUUUGACAACAUGUAUGGCAAUCUCCUGAAGGUAGAUGCUUACGGAAACAUCCUGGUCUGUGUCCAUGGCUUUAACUUUCUGCGAGGGCCUGACAUCCGAGAACUCUACCCCAACAAGUUUAUCCAGCGCGAUGACACAGAGCGCUUCUACAUCCUCAACACACUCUUUAACCUUCCAGAAACAUACCUUUUAGCCUGCCUGGUUGACUUCUUCUCAAACUGUGACCGAUAUUCCAGGGGGAGAGAGCUUUCCUGUUUGGCUCGGACAACCUCAAACAAGGGAAGACUGUCCCAUUUAAACAUGUCUGACUGUCGAUAAAGUGUGUCAGUGCUGGCGCUCGGCCUCUUACUCUGCUGUCCAUUUGUUCUUUCUAAACCUUCAGCUGUGAAACGGGCUUUAAAGAUGGAGACCUCUUCAUGUCUUUCAAGAGCAUGUUCCAAGAUGUCCGAGAUGCAGUAGACUGGGUUCAUUUUAAGGGAACACUGAAGGAGAAAACAGUGGAAAACCUGGAGAAGUACGUUGUAAAGGAUGCAAAGUUGCCAUUGCUGCUGAGCCGUAUGAAUGAAGUCUCCAAAGUCUUCUUAGCCACCAACAGUGACUACAAGUACACACAUAAAAUUAUGACAUACUUGUUUGACUUCCCCCAUGGCCCAAAGCAUGGCACUCCACAUCGUCCAUGGCAGUCGUACUUCGACCUCAUCCUAGUGGAUGCCCGAAAGCCUUUAUUUUUUGGAGAGGGAACGGUUCUGAGACAGGUGGAUACGACCACAGGGCGGCUGAAGAUAGGGACGUACACUGGACCUUUACAACAUGGCAUUGUAUACUCUGGAGGUUCUUCUGAUAUUGUGUGUGAUCUGCUCGGAGCAAAAGGAAAGGAUAUUUUGUACAUUGGGGAUCAUAUUUUUGGAGAUAUCCUGAAGUCCAAGAAGCGACAGGGUUGGCGAACGUUCCUGGUGAUUCCUGAAUUGGCUCAGGAGCUGCAUGUGUGGACUGAUAAAAGCUCUCUGUUCGAGGAACUUCAGGGUUUGGACAUUUUCUUGGCAGAACUAUACAAGCAUUUGGACAGUAGCAGCAAUGAGAGGCCAGAUAUCAGUGCCAUCCAGAGAAGAAUGAAGAAAGUGACACAUGACAUGGACAUGUGUUAUGGAAUGAUGGGAAGUCUGUUUCGCAGUGGUUCUCGGCAGACUCUGUUUGCGUCUCAGGUGAUGCGUUACGCUGAUCUCUACGCUGCAUCAUUCAUCAACCUGCUCUACUACCCUUUCAGCUACCUGUUUAGAGCCGCUCAUGUGCUGAUGCCCCAUGAGUCCACAGUAGAACACGCUCAUGUAGAGACCGACACAGAGUCUCCUCUGGCCACACGUAACCGCCACUGUGUGGACUGCAAAGACAUCGACUGCAAAAGAAACCAGCUCACACGCUCCAUCAGCGAAAUCAAACCACCGCAUCUGUUCGCUCAACCACCACAGGAAAUCACACACUGCCACGAUGAAGACGAUGAUGAAGAAGAAGAGGAAGAGGAGGAGGAGUAGACGGUUUUGACCAUUUGAAGGGUAAAACACGCUGGAUGAUAAGGAGGAGGAAAUGGAUGAGUUGAUGUAUGAAGCUGAAAACAAGUGCAGUUCACCCUAACUGACGGUUUCCUGUUAAAGAUGACUAAAGAAAUGAACAAAGGUUUGUUUAAAAAAAAA